UUGUCUCUCCUCCGGCAGCCGUCAGGAGGGCUGGCUAGCCGGACGGACGGAGGAACAGGCGGGAGGGAGCCCGCCAGCGAGGACACCCCCGCCCCCGACGGGAAGCGGCGCCUGGCCGAGGAACGACGGGGACGCCGGCAAGGCCGCGCCGAGGCAGCCCUCAGGCGGGAAAGGGCUCCGAGGAGAGCCAAGGAGGGCCUGCGCUCGCUCCAUGGCCGGCCGGGGCGCGCCUUGACGGAGCCCGCAGCAGCCGGGGCUGCUGUUCCUCCUGCGAGAGGCCGGCCUCGCCUUCCCCGCGCUUCGCCUGGAUGCGGAGCGGCAGCACCAGAGGACCCGCGCACAGAGGCCGGGGCCCCAGCGGCGGCGGCGUCUUUCUUCCGUAGGGCGGGCCCCGGAGGCGGGGCAGCGCUGCCCCUGCUGCCUUGUCGCCGUGGAUGAGCCCGGGAGGAGCGGCGGGCCGCCCGGUGGGGCGCGGCGUCGGACGGCGGCUGGGGCUGUUGCUGCUUGUGCUCGGAGCAAAGGAGGAGCGGCGGCGACGACGGCCGGGAGAGGAUGCCCGGCUCCGGGGGCCGCUUUAGCUCCUAGUCCCCGGCGCGGGUGCCCCUGCUCGACCUCCCCGUCCACAGCGCUGCUGCCGCCGCCAGCGGCAUGGGCGGCAAGCAGAGCACGGCGGGCGCAACGGCCACGGGGCGCUCCCGGGGCGGGCCCUUGGCCGGCGUGUCGAGCGACGACAGCGCGGUGCCGCCGCCCGGGGGAGCCUCCCACUUCGGGCACUACCGGGGCGCGGGCGGCGGCGGCGGCGGAGGGCCCGCCAUGGGCUUGCGCAGCCGCUCCGUCAGCUCCGUGGCCGGCGUGGGCGUAGGGCUGGGCAUGGAGCCCGCCGCGGCCGGCAGCGUCCCCUUCGGCCUCUACACGGCGGCGGCUGCAGCUGGGGCCACGACGACGACGACAGCCGCGGCGGGAGCAGACUCGGAGCGGGGUCCCGGUGGCGGGUCGGGCGCGGACUCUACCCCUUACGCCCAUGGCAACGGUUUCCAGGAGACGGGAGGCGGUCACCACAGAGACGGGAUGCUCUACCUGGGGUCCAGGGCCUCGCUGGCUGAUGCGUUGCCUCUGCACAUCGGACCCCGGUGGUUCAGCUCGCACAGCGGUUUCAAGUGCCCCAUUUGUUCCAAAUCCGUGGCUUCCGACGAAAUGGAAAUGCACUUUAUCAUGUGUCUGAGCAAGCCCCGCCUCUCCUACAAUGAUGAUGUCCUAACAAAGGAUGCAGGCGAGUGUGUCAUCUGCCUGGAGGAACUCCUGCAGGGAGACACGAUAGCCCGGCUGCCCUGCCUGUGCAUUUACCAUAAGAGUUGUAUAGAUUCCUGGUUUGAAGUGAACAGAUCCUGCCCAGAACACCCUUCGGAUUGACCCUGGCAACGCUUGCUGACCUCUCUCAAGGUCGUCCCGCCAUCCAUCCCCCUCCCACACCCAACCUCCUCUGAGCAGGCUCUGGACCCCACUGGGACGACAGUGGGGACGAGGGGCUUGUGUUAACUUCUCGACUUAAAGGGGCAGACAAGAACCCACUCCAAGAGAAGCUGCUGCCCUUGCAGGGCUACACCUUGGCAGCCGCCAGCCUGGGUCGAGAGGAGUGCCCGGCGCCAGAGCCAGCGGCCGUCGCCCAGCGGCACCAUGAUGUUUGGGCCAGACCUGGUUGCUAGCCAAACAGAGCAUGAGAGAGUCACCCACCAUUUGACAAGGACUCGGCCCUUCCUGCCAUACGCGGGUCACACUUUUGCACUGAAAAGGUGAUUUCCCACCCCCCUCCCCUUCUCCUUUUCACCUCCACCCCUUGGAAAAGGAAGAGGAAACAACAACCCCCCUCCCGCCAUGCCUGCUCCCACCCUCAUCCUGCGGAGGAAAGGGCAUUUUCUGUCACGUUUUUGAAGGCGUCGUAGGUUUGUCUUUCAAGUGUUUACAAAACAGCCAUUUCGUGUCAACUGAUGUGUGUUCCUGGUGAUGUUUACAAGACUGCGUCCUCUUGGCCUCUUGGCUCGAGCCGCUCCGGCAGUUGAGGAGCCAGAUUUCCCUAGACCCUUCUCUUUUCCCUCCUGCCUCGCCUAGGGACACCCCCCCCCCACCUUCAUUGCCAAAAGUCCCCUGGUUUCCCCUUCCUCCCUCCUCUCAGUAAGUCUUGGUUUGAACUCCUGACUCUGGGGCAUAUUCUGAAGGGCUGUUUGCCACUCACAAGUGUCCUGCUAAGAUGCCUGAACCUUUCUCAGCCCUGUGUGGAAAACAAAAACAGCCGAUUUUUAUUAAAAAACACACACACACACAAAUGCGCACACACAGACACACACACACACACACACUCCUCCCUGAUCCACAUUUGAGCACGAAGCGGAGACCGCCUCAGCCAUGGGAAAAAAAGCCCCUGCCCCGGUGACCUCCAUCCAAGCAGGAAAAGGUAUCUGUAUUUAUAUAGUAAAAAAUAAAAAAUAAAAUAAAAAAAUAAAAAAAAUAUUCAAAGCUUGGGAAGGGAAGCUUCCCUUAUUAGUCAAGGUGUUUUGAUAUGGUAUUAAAUAAUGUUCAAUAAAAUAGUCACUGUUAUUUUA